AUGGGGAAAAGCAAGCUCAAGACUGCGCUUAUUCACCAGCAAGGGCGCAAUGUUAAGCUUGAGAAGCAGCGCAAGCAUGAGAAGCAGGUGCAGAAGCGAAAACAGAAGCGUGAUGGGGAUGAGGCGCAUGAGGAUGACGAAGAGGGAGGAGUGCCGCUGGAUGAGGUAGAGGUCAAGGUCAAUGGCAAGGCGAAGAAGGAUAAGAAGGAUAAGAAGGAAGGCAAGUCGCCAAAGGUUGCGCCCGCCAUCAAAGAAGUCGAGUGGGAGACGGAGGGUAGCGAGGACGAGAGCGAUGACGAUGAGGCGUCUGAGCGACCUGCGUUCGACCUUUCGCAUCUUGACGACAGCGAGAGCGAUAUCAGCUCGGAUGAGGAGGAGAUGCAAGCUGAAGACGACGAAGAAGGCGAGGACGAGGAUGAAGAGGAGGAUGACGAGGAUGACGAAGAAGACAUUGCGCUUUCAGAUCUCGACUCCAUCGCCUCGGAAGACAAGGGCGAUAUCAUCCCUCACCAACGACUCACAAUUAACAACACCGCUGCCCUUACCGCCGCCCUGCACCGCAUACAACUGCCCUACUCGAAGCUUGCCUUCUCAGAACACCAAUCCGUAACCACAGAUGAGCCCGUCGAGAUUCCCGAUGUCGAAGACGACCUCAACCGCGAGCUCGCAUUCUACAAGCAGUGCCUAUCCUCUGUCAAGGAGGCACGACAAAAGCUCAAGAAGGAGGGUGUGUCCUUUUCACGACCGGCAGAUUACUUUGCAGAGAUGGUCAAGAGCGAUGAACACAUGGGCAAGAUCAAGCAGAAGUUGAUUGAUGCUGCGGCUGGCAAGAAGGCGGCUGCCGAGGCGCGCAAGCAGAGAGACUUGAAGAAGUUUGGCAAACAAGUCCAGGUUGCAAAGAUGCAGGAGCGCGCAAAGGAGAAGCGGGAUACCAUGGAGAAGAUUAGCACCCUCAAGCGAAAGCGACAAGGUGCAGACAUCACCUCCACCAACGAAGAAGACCUCUUUGACGUCGCCGCCACAGCUGAGGACUCCAAGUCUGAUCGUCGCGCCGGCCGCGGUGGCGCCGAUGGUAAAGCGUUCAACGCCAAGCGCCAGAAGAAAGAUGCAAAAUAUGGCUUCGGAGGCAAGAAGAGGCAUUCCAAGAGCAACGAUGCGCAGUCUAGUGCCGAUGGUCGGGGUUUCUCUGCCCGCAAGAUGAAGGGUAAGCCCAGCGGUGGCGGCGGUGCGAGCAAACGGCCAGGCAAGGCGAGGAGAGCGAAGAUGCAUUAG